AUGAAUCCUGAAAUAUUAUUAUAUGUUAAUAAAGCACGACUUGACAGUGAUCAGACUAGCUUUCUCUUCAAUCCUCCUUGUCAACUACACGUGCAAAUGAUUCAACUCAUUUCACCCAAUCCUAAUAAUGUUGAUUCCAUAGAUAUUCCAAGAUCCCAAAACGCUUUUCUCUUAUACCGCAAAAAUUAUGCUGCAAAACAUAAAUCUCUUGAGAGUAAAAAGGAUUGGAAAACUCUUUCAAAGGAAGCUGGUUAUGCCUGGAAGAAUGAAUCGGACGAAGUAAAACGUUACUUUAAAAUAUUAGCAAAGCUGGCUUUUGAAAAACACAAUUUAGUUUAUGAAAAACACAAGUCGGUUUAUGAAAGUAUCAUUCAAGUACCAAAGAAUUAUUUAUUUAUUUCUCAAGAACAAGAAGCACAAAAAGAACAAAAAGAAAAUUGCAAUAAUAACACAAUUUCAUUAUUUUCCACUCCCUUUCUUCCACCACCUUCCACUUCCUAUUUUCCUUGUACGGAUGAUAAUUUAAGCUCGUCUUAUCGACAACUAGAGCCACAACAAAUACAAAUAUAUGAUAAUAAUGCAGAUUAUAUAGAUUCAUCAUCACAUUACUUAUAUACAAACUAUAAUUCAAGCUUCGAUAAUCCAAGCUCAUUAUCUUUCACUUUUUUUAAUCCUUCCACUUCUUUUCAUUCGUAUUCUACUUCGUCUAAUUUUAAUCCUCUUCCUAUUAAUGAUGAUGACAACAUUGUCAAUAAUACUAACACUCCACCUCAACCCGCCAAAUUUAACAAUACUAUGAAUUUAAAUUAUGAUGAAAAACUCCCAAAAGAAUUUGAACGUUUAUCAGAUGAACAAAUUAACGCACAAUUUAAUA